AUGGUCUCAAGUCGUGCUGCGUCGUUAUUUUUCAGGCCUGCAGAAUGGGGUCGUCACUCACGAUGCAUACUGGCAUGGCCUGGACUCAAUAAUUGUGCUUUCGAAACGACAGCAUCUUUGGAUGCCGCAACAAACGAAGUAUCCAAUAUAGCCAGGACGAUCGCUAAAUUUGAGCCUGUCACUCUAGCUGUCGGCCAAGAGCGGCUUGACAGAGCACGGACAGAAUUCGAACUUAGAUCAUCUGCCCAAAAGCAUGAAAUUCGAAUUUGUCCGAUUCCUGGAGAUGAUCUGAAUUUAUGGAUGAGAGAUAUCGCGCCUACAUUCACCCUGAAUCAGAGACGUCGGCUCUCUGGAACUGAUUUUAAUUUCAAUGGAUGGGGAGCUCGGCAUGCCACUGAAGCAACGACAACUCUGGCUCGCAAACUUCUCCAAAAUAUGAAGGUAGAUCGUAUCGAAACACGAAUAACCACGGAAGGAGGCGCUAUAGAAAUCGAUGGCGAGGGGACGCUACUAGCAACGGAGAGUUCCAUCAUCAAUGAAAAUCGAAAUCCAGGAAAGAGUAAACUAGAGAUUGAGCAAGAGCUCCGCCGCUGUCUGGGCGUUUCAAAAAUCAUUUGGGUGCCUGGAGUGAGGAACGCUGACAGCACUGACUGUCAUAUUGAUGCACUUGCACGAUUCGCGAGACCUGGUGUUUUGUUUAUCAGUCGCCCUGUGGGCCUGAAAGCGGAGACGGUAUGGAUGGAAGUAUAUGAAGAAACGAAGGAAAUUCUGUCAAACGAGUGCGAUGCCCGGGGAAGAAAUUUCAAAAUUAUCGAUAUGCCAGAGCCCGACAUGGCUUUGUUGAACUUAGAUGAGAAAUAUAUGAAGGCUGUCAUGUAUCCGAGCGAUUGGUCCCCGGUUGCGACUUAUGUGAAUUAUUAUCUGCCUAAUGGUGGCUUGUUGGUACCAAAAUUCGGCGAUGUGGAGGCUGAUGCAAAUGCACUCGAUAUCUUGAAGAACUUCUUCCAAAAAGAAAGGGAGGUUGUACAGGUCUAUAUCAAUGCGCUUCCAUUGCAAGGAGGUGGGAUUCAUUGUGCAACGCAAGAAGUUCCAUGGAGUGCGCCUUCAUGA